AUGACUUGCCAUGCCCUAUUCGCUAAUGUGCCAACCCACAAACGUUGUGGUUCCACAUUCAAGCAAGCAGUGGUUGCAGCCAUCCGUGCUAUUCGCUGCUGUCCAGAGGCCUUGAUUCAUGUGGUCCCCUGCAGCGAGCUCGUCUUCUCGGCCGCCUCCUGCACCGUCUCACUCUUCAUCUGCCCUCCUCCUGCCUCGGUGCCCUGCUCACCGGACUUCAACAAGACCUUUUAA